AUUCGCGCCAAAUUGUGAUACAUGCGAAUGACAAAUAACAUAAAAUAUACUUGACAGUACAGUUAUCUUUUGUUAAUACAUUUUAUACGAUAUUAGUUAAUAAAAUUUGUAUAUUUUUCUAAAAUGGAGUGUGUGAAAUUAGUUACGCAGGAGGAAAGCUCAAAUAAAAGACGUGAGAGGGUUUCAAAACAUUCUUGGUUCGACAUGUCUAACAAUGAAGAACUUGGGUUAGAUGACUCUGAAGAAGAAAUUGAUGUUCUGGAAAAGACGUACCAAGAGGAACUGGCCGAAGUCCUCAAACAUACUGAAAAUGAUAAAAAGAAAGUUACUGAAAAGGCUGGUCAGAAACGAUCAAGGAAACAAAGUGAAGAGGAGGCUAAAGAUAAUAAAAAACAAUCUAGAGAACGAAGUCCAAGUUCAAGUAGCUCAUCGACGACAUCUAACAGUAGAACUGAGACUGAUCCAGAAAUUCUAAGUAGACGACAAAAACAAAUCGAUUAUGGGAAGAAUACAAUAGGAUAUGACAGAUACAUAGCCGCAAUUCCCAAAGACAAGCGAAAGAGUGAUCAUCCACGAACACCACCAAAACAUGCAAAAUACAGCAGGCGUGCGUGGGAUGGCCUCAUACGAGUGUGGCGCCAAAAAUUGCAUUAUUGGGAUCCAGAGGAGGGUGAAUGUGAUUUGACUGUCAGGAUUGAUGCAACUGAAGAUAAGCCCUAAGACGUACUUAUAACAAAACUAUGUACCUUCAAUAUAAGUAUGAAAGAUGUUAAAAUGUGCAAAUACUUUGUGUGUUGUAUUUAAAAUUUUAUGAGUAGAAAUGACGAUUGAACUCUUUGCCCCAAGUAUGUUAUUGCGUUAUGAAAUAUUCAGAGAUUGGUCUGAUAUUGCAUAAGUUAUAUUGAAAAAUAAGUUUUCUAUAUAGUUUUUUGUUGUAGCUAAUUUUUUUUAAUAAUUUCUUUUUAUACUAAACGAAGCUCAUG